AUUCUCCCUCAUUCAAAAGCUCUCUCUCUGCAACUGAGACAGAGUAAGGAGAGGAUUUCAGAGGAAUGGAGUCUCCUUUCAAACCAGAUAUUCUGAAAGGGAAGGUCGCGCUCCUGACCGGCGGAGGCUCCGGUAUCGGUUUCGAGAUCUCCGUCCAAUUCGGCAAGCAUGGUGCGGCCGUCGCGAUCAUGGGCCGCCGUAGGAACGUUCUUGAUUCUGCCGUCUCUGCCCUCCGAUCAUUGGGAAUUCAGGCUAUUGGAUUGGAGGGAGAUGUUCGCAAACAGGAAGAUGCAGCUAGAGUUGUGGAAGCAACAGUGAAGCAUUUUGGCAGACUUGACAUUCUUGUGAAUGGUGCCGCAGGCAAUUUUCUUGUAUCAUCAGAAGAUUUAUCCCCUAAUGGGUUUCGAACAGUUUUGGAUAUUGAUUCUGUGGGCACAUUCACCAUGUGCCAUGAAGCGCUCAAGUACCUGAAGAAAGGUGGGCCAGGAAAGGGUACUUCUAGUGGUGGAAUUAUUCUGAAUAUAAGUGCAACAUUGCAUUAUACAGCAUCUUGGUAUCAAAUUCAUGUAUCUGCUGCAAAGGCAGCUGUGGAUAGCAUUACAAGGUCCUUAGCACUGGAGUGGGGGACUGAUUAUGAUAUCAGAGUGAAUGGGAUUGCACCAGGUCCCAUUGUAGACACUGCUGGGAUGAGCAAGCUUGCACCAGGCGAGGUGGUGAACAAAUCGAGAGAGAUGAGGCCUCUGUUUAAACUUGGAGAAAAAUGGGAUAUUGCGAUGGCUGCCCUUUACCUAGCGUCCGAUGCAGGAAAAUAUGUCAAUGGAACAACGGUAAUCGUUGAUGGAGGACUUUGGCUGAGCCAACCCCGCCAUUUGCCGAAAGAGGAAGUGAAAGCACUCUCUCGGGUUGUGGAGAAGCGGUCGAGAGCAGCGCCGGCUGGUCUUCCCACCAGCAAACUGUAGUAUGAUGUGGUGGAAUUUAUGAUGUUUUAUUAUUGGAUCUGAUAUCUAUUGACUAGCAAUCCUCAGUUUCUCCUGAGUCAGGCCUUAGAAGGGAUUGUUAUGUGAUGAUAAUUCGAUAAAGUUUUUUGUUCCUGUAUUUGCUACAAUGUGCCCACAUGAAGGGUGGGCCAACAUUAUUUUGCUAGAAAUCCACAGGUAAGGUUAAUUUAGACA